UUGCACAGAGAAUUGGGAUUUAGGGUUUUAAACUCCAUUGUUCCGUAGAGUUCUUGAGAAAAUGGACCAGAUGAAGAAGAGGAAGCUUGAGGAUAACGGCGUCGGCACUGACGUUCCUGUUGCGAAUAGGCUUUCAAUCGAAGAUGGUCGGAAGAUUCUUGAAUCUGUUACACCUGAACAAAUGGUAGAAAUCUUACAAAAUGCUGUUGUUCGUCAUCCCGACGUGCUUGAUCAAGUUCGAGAAAUCGUCGAUCGUGACCCUACUAAAAGAAAGCUUUUUGUUCGUGGGCUUGGCUGGGAAACUACGACUGAAAAAAUCAGGUCAAUUUUUGGGACAUUCGGUGAGUUAGAAGAAGCUGUUGUUAUUCUUGAUAAAAAUACUGGGAAGAGCAAAGGUUAUGGAUUUGUUACGUUUAAGCAUGUUGAUGGAGCUUUACUUGCGUUAAAGCAACCGAGUAAACACAUUGAUGGUCGAGUUACGGUUACUCAGCUUGCUUCAGCUGGGAUUCAAGGUGGCCCUGGUGGUGGGAGUUCGAAUAAUCCAGUGGAUGUGUCAUUGAGGAAGAUUUAUGUAUCUAAUGUGCCGUAUGAUAUGCAAUCCGAGAGGAUUUUACAGCAUUUUUUGAUGUAUGGGGAGAUAGAGGAAGGACCAUUAGGGUUUGAUAAGGCCACUGGGAAGUCAAAAGGGUAUGCUUUGUUUGUGUACAAGACGGCGGAGGCAGCACAGUCUUCGUUGGUGGAUCCUGUUAAGAAUAUUGAUGGGCAUCAGUUGAACUGUAAGCUGGCUAUUGAUGGGAAGAAAAAGCCUGGUGUAGGAGGUCCAGGAGGAUCUCAGGUUCAAACAGAUGGACAUGGUGAUCCGAUGGGUCCUGGGCAAUAUGGUGCGCCUAGUGGUUAUGGUGGAUUUUCAGGUCAUUCUUCAUAUGGCGUGCAUGGACAUGGUCCCAAUUCGGCAUUGGGUAGUGGAAAUGGUAUCGGUGUGGGUGGUCCUGGUGGUUCAUCUUAUGGGAACCAAUCUGUGGGUGGUGGGUACGGUUCAGGGAUUGGUGGUCCAUAUGGUGGGGGGUCUCAUUAUGGUGGGGCUGGUUCAGCUGGAUAUGGCGGGUUGACCGGUAGUGGUUAUGGCGGUGCUGGGGCAGUGGGAGGUGCUGCUGGUGGAUUACCUGGCGCUGGUAGUACAUUAGGUGGUGCUGGCCGUGGAUCUUCAAUGUAUGGGUUACCCCCAAGCUCAGCCGGGAUGCCCUCAGGAGAUUAUCCACCACAGGGUUCUCAUUACGGUCCUUUACAUCAACCUCACGGGCUACAAAACCAAGGCCCUGGGGCAUCAGCUGCACCUAGAGUUGCACCUGGGGGUAUGUACCAGGGGAUGCAUUCAUAUUACUGAGGUGUUUUGACAGCUUGGUGCAGCUGCUUUUAGUGGUUCUGGAUGAAUGCAGAUGUUUUUAAGUCUGGUUUGAUGAUUUUGAUUGCUAUCUACUUUGGCUUCUGCAUUUGCACCCUUUACUGAUGUCCUUCUACUUCUACAUUGUGGUAGUCAAGCGGUUACUUUCUUCAGGAGACCUUGUGCUUUUUGGAGUUCUAGUUGGAGUUUGUGUUUGGAUAUAAAUAUAGUAAUGUUUCGUAUGCUUUUGAGCCUUAGAAACGAUCUGCUGUAUUGGAACAACUUUUAGAUUGCUGUUGAAGUUGCUGAAAUUAGUUCCUUAUGGUAUUUGGAAGACCUCCGUUUCUUUACAUUUAAAUUAUCUGAAUCUAGAAUUCUUCUUCUUUUGUGCC